AUGGCAGCAUCACCAAGCAAGGCCCAAACGCCAGUGAAGAAUAUCAAGAAAGAAAUCAGUCUGAAUCCCGACAAAUGCGACAAGCUUGUGGCACGUUACAGGAGAAUGAAACUGGAUGCUCAGUCCUUUCUCGACGCCACGGAUCCAAUGGAUCAAGGUGGCUUUACACCAUUGCACGAAGUCAUGCGGAUUUGUCAUGGAAAUCAUGUCUUGGAUCUGGUCGAAUACAUUGUCGAGACGCACCCAACUAGCGUCGAAACCAAAGAUGCCAAUGGGAAUCUGCCAAUUCAUGUCUUGCCGCGGUUUUUGUCGGCCGAGAACAAGAAACAAAUUCAAUUGGAUCAAAUCCAAGCACGUCGCUUUCUACUGUCAAAACAUCCAGAGUCCAUUAAAACCAAGAACAAUAGGGGCAAAACUCCAUUGUCCAAAGCUAUCAUGUUUGAAUACAAUAUUUUGGUUCAGACCAUGUUGGACGACAAUGAAACACUGCUGACACAACCAGAUGAAGACGGAAAAGUGCCAUUGAACCAUGCUAUGGAGAAUUUUAGUAUAAGUACCGUCAAAAUGUUCUUGGAACAGCGCCCCGAUGAUAUUUUGACCAUUGCCGAAUUUCCAAAAGGAGACCUUGAAGAACGACAACAAUUGUUGGCUGCGAUUGGUCACGCCAUUCCAGAGACCUUUGAUACGGAAUGCGAGGCUUCGGAAGAAGGAGAAGAAGGAGAAUGGCAACUGUCUAGCAAUCUCAUUCGCCAAUUCUUGUCCGAGGCCAAACUGGAACAAUGGGGACAAGAUGUCAUUUGGAGAAUGAUGAAGAGCUCGGUUUAUCGAAAUCGACAGGCCUUUCCCCAAAAGAUUGAGGCCUUAUCGAAACAGUUGCAACAAGAAAAAAAGAGAUCCGUCGCUCAUUUGGAAGAAACCAUUUCUGACUACGAAGAAAAAUUGAAUCAAUUAAAGAUUGCAAACGAACGUACCAGACAAGAGUUGAAGGUGUCCAAAGCGAUGCGCUCGACCGUAUCCAUGAGGCUGAAACAGCAUGAGACAUUGGCACAAGAGCAAGAAACUAAAUACAUCGAGCUGGCCAUGAAAGUUCAGAGUUUGCAAGAAGCCCGAAACUUCAAUUCCGAAAGCAAAUAUUUUGCGAAAGUGGAUACGGAAAAGUGGACCGUAGAGGAACUCAAAGCGGUCCUCCAGUCGUUGAUUCAGCGACUCAACUAUCUCAUUCCUGAACACACAAAAUUAUCCAUGGCUCAUGUUGCCGGCUCCUAUCUCGCUCAAGAUGAACAUGCUGAUAAAGCCAUGCUCAUUGAUACCAUCGAGGCGCUGAAUAAGGAGCUGUUGGAGCUUUGA